AUGAGAUUAUGGACUGUGAGGCGGCCUUCACUGAACUGGCUUGCUUGCGGAGAAGAUGACACUCCUGAGAAACGAGUACAAAAGAAGCAAAGGUACAUGGAAAUAAUGGAAACAGUGGAAAAGACCUUUAUUGAGGACAAGAAGUUUGGAAACUCGUCUCUCACAGCUUCGUCUUCUUUCACAUCGAAAGAGGGCAAAUUGUAA